UCGCACGAUGCCUCUUGCGAGCUUGAGUCCUUUUCGAAAGACUUCGUUCGAUUUUUAUGAAAGAACUUACAGAUGUAAGUGGGGUUUUUAAUUAUGACUUGAGUGUAUGAAUUCUCUUACUAAGAGUGUUGAGGAGUUUAUAAAAAUAGGUUAAAACUUUUAUUUGAUAUUAUUCCAAGCAACUUCUCUAGAGAUGGCUCCUUUCUUCAUGCGUGGUCGUCUUCACAAGAAUCACAACAUAUCAAUCAUCAACAAACGCUUGAGAUUGCAGACGAAAAUGAAAAAGAAUAGGAUGAAGGGCAUGCAAGAAAGGUUUGAGAGAUUGAAAACAGAAAUGGAGGAGAUCAGCGAGGAACAGAAGGGUAUUCGAGAAGGACAGAGACAAGUUCGUGAAAAAUUUGAAGCAAUUGAAUUUGAGUGCGAGCAGUUGAAGAAAGAAACCAACUUCAUAAUCGAACAGAGUGCUAGAACUCAGGUCAAAUUAGUUCUCAUGUUCAGAAUAAUGAAGGCAAGGGAAGAGAACGACUUGGCCACCGCUGCCAACCUUACUCGGUUGCUUGGUCAAAUUGUUGCUAGGGAGAAGAAAGAAAGGCAAGCACUGAGUGAUGCAUGAACAAAAGUUAUAAACUUCCUCAUGAUCUGCUGGGAAUGGAAAGCCUCUGCCCCUUUCCCCGCCCCGUUCAUAUGUGUUUGUCGCGUGUCUUAGAUUAGGGUGUGUUUAACUUUGUUUAAGCAUAUAAAAGACCUUAGUUAACGGCACCUUUACUUUUGAGGUCUCUACACAAAAGAGCCUUGAAGAAGCUGGAGAGCUUGAGGAAGUCAGCGAUUGCUGCUUAUUCCGUGGAGAGGAACAAGACUCAAACUCCUAGGCACGUGCUUAGAAGUAUGAGCAAAGAAAAUAAGAAACCUCCUCUUGCUGUCAACAACCAGUCAUCUGUGAUUGGCACUAGAAGGAAAUCUGGGGCUAGAAGAGCUAAGAGGGUUUGAAAAUUGGAAAUUUUUGUUCUUUUUAAUUCAAGAAAUUUGGGACUCUAUUUCAUUUUCAAAAAAUUAUACAGGGAAAGGUCGAGUGCUUUGUCGAGUUUUAUGUUGUUUUGUAGAUUUUGGAUUUUUGAAUUGCUGGAUUGUAUUUUUAGUUUU